CUAAGUCAGCCAGGUCUAGCAGCUGCUCACGCCAGCCAAUGGGAAACCUCGGCUCAGGCAUUCCGCGGAGCACGCGUCAGCGCCGCUCCCACCGUAACGGCCACCCACGCCUGGCACUCCUGCCCGCCCAGCCCGCUCUGCCAGAGCCUGCGCGCAAGCGUCCUCCGGGCUCUGCCUCUUCUGGCCCACUGCAGAGGCCGUAGCGUCGCGGCGACCGUGAGGCGCCCAGGCGGAAGUGACGGCGCUGGAGCCGCGCGGGAUUCAAACUCCGGGAAGUGGGGCAGGGCUGGAGCCGCCCGGAGCAGCUGCGGCCGGGUAAAUGCCCCUGCCUCGUCUGAGCCAGGCGCUUGAAGAUGAAUUCGAAGACCGCCAAAGAUUUAAUUGGUAAGUGGGGCUUAAAGUCGAGUAGCUCCAGACAGGAGAGCGACUCCGAGAAGUAUAAGCAGGAGAAUGCUGCCCUGAGAAAAUCAAUGGAGGAAGUCGUUAAACGGAAAAGCAAAAUGACUGAUCCGGAAAGGAGGGGGCUACUGGAGAAAAUACUUGCCCUUGAAAAAGAAAAAGAAAAAUACAUCCAUCUUCUUGGAGAGAAGGACAAAGAAAUCCAAAACCUGAAAGACAAGCUUAGCUCCAAAAACAACAGUAGUGAAAUCUCCUUAUUACAAAGUCAACUAGAAGAAAAAACAAAGGAAGCACAAAGAAGAGAACAGUUACUUCAUUCUCUGUCAGAAGAAAUCAACAGGUUAAAAUGUAAUAUAUCCACUGUUACUAGAAAAUGUGUUGAGCUUGAAAAUAGAGUUAGUACUUCUCAGGCAUCCCAGGAAGAUGUAACAAACAGCACUGGAUCAGCAACCAAUCUUCAUGAAGUUGAAAACCAACUGAGAGAUGCUCUUGAGAAAAACCAACAGUGGCUACUCUAUGACCAGCAACGUGAAGUAUAUGUCAGGGGACUGCUUGGAAGGAUCUUUGAACUUGAGCAGAAGUCAGAUACAGCUUGCCAACAAGAAUCUAAAGAAUUCAGUUCAGAAGGUCAUCUACAGGAGGAAAAGCAAAAAUAUUAUGACCAGCUGUUACUAACUGUUAAGAGUGAUCUGGAGACUGAAAGAUGUACUGUAACCCAGCUGAGAGCUGACCUCAAUGAAUACAAAAACAAGUAUGAAGAAACACAAGAAGAAAAAAAUUGUUUAAAUGCCUUAUUGCAAUCGCAACGUGCUGCUGCAGUGAAGACUAUAGAAAACGAAAAUAAAAUCAAAGAGAAAGUGCAGAGAUUAAAACAAGAAAAUGAAACAAUUAAAGGCCAGCUCAGAGAAGAAAGAAGGAAGUCUGGUGAUCUUUUGUGUCAGGUGCAACUUCUUCGUAAAUCAUUGCUCAAACAGCAGGAGGAACACACAAGGAUAGCUUUUUUGGAACAACAGAUCCAGAUAUGCACUGCAGACUUCGAGAAUGAAAAGCUUGUUCGGCAGAACUUGCAGGAUCGUUUAAAUAAAGCCCAUGAGGAACUGAGCAGGGCCAGGGAGCAGAAAACCCAUCUGGAACCAAUGCCUCAGGAAUAUGGACAUGCAGAACUGCAGGAUGCCUUUGAAAAGAAGCUGACCAUGUACGAUGGAAGUCCUUCCAUGAAACAUUCAAGCCUUUUUGAUGAAAGUUUUCUUGAGUGUCCCAGAUGUAAAGUGCAGUAUCCAACAAGCCAGCACAGAGAAUUACUGGCACAUAUUGACUUUUGUACAGCUUGAGCUCCAAAUGGACUUACUAUAUCCAUACACACUGCCAAUAUGUACUUCUACAAAGGCAAAAGCUCUUUUCAAAGCUUUUUUUUUCUUAAGGUUGUGGAAAGGACUACUAAUCUUGUACUUCAGUUCCACAAAAAUGAUUUGUUUGCUCUCAAAUAUUUAACCUGACAUUUUUGCAAAAAAACUCCAGCUACUGCAUUUCUGGUUGCAAAUGGAAAUAUUUAUAGGAUUAGGAGUAUUUAUUUUGCACUAUUAAAAUGGUAAAAGCACACUUGUUGUGUAAGAAUUUAUUUUGCCAUUUGGCAUGUUCGAUUCUUAUGUGAAUUCUGUUGACUAUGCUUACGCCUUUACUAACAGUAACAGCUGCAAAAGAUUUCUGCCUCUCAUAGGUGCAUUAUAUAUAUUAUGUAUCUGGGAUGUGGGGGGUGUACAGUGUGUGUACAUAUUCUAUAUAUAUGUGUCAUAUACAUACAUAAUGUAUCUCCAUCUCCAAUACAUUAAAACUCAGGAUGAUUAUGUUAGAUCAUUGCUGCUUAAGGUUCAUGUUGAAAACAUCAGUCAGAAUUAUUUUCUUGAACCACAGUAAGGGGUGACUUGAAGCUCAUACAAAAAUGCUGACCAAGUUUUAAGUUCUUAUUUUUAAAAUAAAAGGCCCUUGGGAAAGCAAACUCCUAGAAUUACAAAGUUCAUAUGGAAAAAAUGUCAGAGACUUUUUUUGGAGCUUUGGAUAUAGAAUUAUGCUGAAGUAAACUUGUUUGCACUGCUGUAUUUUAGAGGUUAAAGUUGGGAAAUAUCAGAUAUUCAAUCUGUUAUAUUUGACAGAUGUCCUGGUUUAAAAGUGCAGUUUUUCAAAGUUGCUCUAGUGGACUUAAGUGUCACAGUGUUUUGGUACUAAUACAGAAUACAAGUUAGCACUAAAUUCUUGUAAUACAUUUGCAAAUCCAUAAGGGAAUUUUCUUCUAGCACCUGCUGUAAAUCUGGAUCUGUUGCUAGUAUUUUGCUCCUUGCAUCAAUAGUUAAGUCCCACAGGCUGGACUGAACAGGGCCCUGAGCAACCUGGUCUAGCAGGAGGUGUUCCUCCUCAGGGUACAGGUAUUGAAAUUAGGUGAUCUUUAAAACCCAUUCCAACUCACCCCAUUCUGCGAUUCUUCAAUUACUCAAGUGAGGAAAUUUUAUGAAGAUAAAUUAGCUAACAUUAAUUUGCUGCUUUAAAAAAGUUUACAGUGUGCUGAGGCCAGUGAAAUAGCCAAGCUCUAUCUUUCCCUGGCAUACUGAUUCUAAUUGCUAGCUGGUAGCUUUUUCCAUCUUGCUUUGCUGCAAAACUGCUUGCAUUCCAUAAAGAAGGCUCUGGGAAGAGCAGCCUGCCAGUACCUGAAUGAGGCUUUCCAGAAAGCCAGGAAAGGAUUUUUUACAAGAGCUUGUUAUGAUAGCAUGAGAGGGAACAGCUUUAAGCUUGAGGAGGGUAAAUUCAGAUAGUAGAAAUUCUUUACAGUAAGAGUGGUGGGACACUGGAACAGGUUGCCCAGGGCAGUCGUGGAUGCCAUCUCCCUGAAAGUGUGCAAGGUCAGGUUGGAUGACACCUUGAGCAAACUAGCCUAGUGAAAUGUGUCCCUGUCUAUGGCAGAGGAGUUGGAACUAGAUGGCCUUUAAGGUCCCUUCCAACCCAAACCAUUCUAUAAAUCUAUGAAUAAUGUUCACUCUACUCCCCAAUGAUUAUUCUUGAAUAAGAGGGUAUUUUCCAAGUUGUUUUCAGUAACUUAAAAUACCAAGUGAUGUUUUCAAUGAAAUCUAGUGUUGGAGAGAUAAAUAGCUUGUAACAUUUUCCUUCAUAUCUGAGUUAACUUUACAGAAUUUAUUGCAUUAGCCAGUAUUUAUCCACUUGUCAAUUUCACUGACCGUAUCUCAGGCUGAUCUUUGUGUUUGACAAUUUGCUCAACUGCAGCAACAGAUUCUCUGAUCAAAGACAAGAGAUGAAUGAACAAGUAAAAUGUAAAUUAUGCUUCAGAAUUUUAAGGUUUUACCAUGAGAGGAAAUUUGUCUUAAUUUCAUCUUUGUCUUUAAACAUUAAAAAAAUUCUGGAUAGGCUGCUUUUUAUUGCAGCCUAAUAAUUUUGAUCUGGUUAAUUUUAAAUUCUGAUUAUAAUUAAUGCUAUGAGUUGAUCUUAAAUGUGGUUUUCCAACUGAAACAAUUCUAUGAAUCUCAAAGUACUUUUGGAAGUUUUAAGUUACUUGUCUUUUAACAACACAUUAAGCAGCUCAUAUUCCCAGCUGCAUCCUUGGCACAGUUUCUGCAAAAGGAAAAUCUGAUCUUUUAUGUAUAAUAGAUGAAAUGUUUGCCUGCUGCAGGUCAGCACUCUUCUGUAGUUCUGAGGUUUUAUUAAAUCAGCAUAAAAAACUUUCUCAUUAGAAGCUGGUACUGUAGAGGAAGGUUCAAAUUUGAUAAUGAGAUAACCUUUACAAAAGUUUUGUUUGUUCUAACACCUCUUCUGAGCUUUAGCAGUGCAUAGUCCUAUCUGCUAAAUAUUAGAUCUAAGUGCAGAAAACCUGUACCAAUAUAAAUAAUAUACAACACUGGUCUGCUGUAUGUUGAAAAGUUACAAAAAUGACAUUUUAGUGCCUCACCUAGACCAGACCUAUUCUGAAGGCAGAACUGUAAAUCUUAAUCAUCACUCACACAUGAUUAAAACUCUAAAACUUCUGGCUCUAUAAAGCAUGCAGAUCCCCUCACUGCUUUUCUUUCAUUCUUCAGAAGCUAAGAGACUGUCUAAAUCUGAGAAUUGGUUAUUAUCCUAAAAGCAAAUGAACAAGUUCUGCUGCUCCUCUAGUUAUAGCAAAGAGAGGCCUGUGCUUAAUGAGCUCAUACUUAUAUUUUUGUAAAAUGGAAAGUAAUUUAAAAUAAUGCUGUUAUUCAAA